GACUGAUUUCUGAGAAUUUCAUGAUGGUAUUUAAAGUUAAGGAUCGUCACCACUCUAUAAAAGGUCAUUAUUGCCGAAGGACGGACUUGUUUUUGAAACGUGAGGGUGCUUGUGUAAGACUUGUGAUCUAAACACUCCAGGUUCAGCUUGGGCUCAUCACGUUUUUGGUUUCAAAAGCGAGCGGACUCCACUCCAGCAACACCACACAGCCAUGCCCUUGCGACCGAGGGCUUCCUCUCAACCUGGGAGAGCAAACACUCUUCCAAGCCUCAAAAACAUCCCAGUCCUGCGCCCGAGAGCUGUGUCGUCCCACACGCAGUCGCCUAUAGAGGAUGAGCUCUCUUGUCCGGUCUGCUGCGAGAUCUUCACCGAUCCCGUGGUCCUGAAAUGCAGCCACAGUUUCUGCCGUCUCUGCCUUCAGGGCUUCUGGAACAAGAAGGCGGCCAAGAGGGAAUGUCCCGUGUGCAGGAGGAAGUGCUCUCUGACGGAGCCCACCAUCAGCCUGGCUCUGAAGAACGUGUGCGAUGCCAUAGCACAGGAGCAGAAAGUAAAAGCAUCCGCGAGAGGUGGCUUAUAUUCAGCCAACGGGAUGUCUAAACCGGAGGCUCUAUGUGCCACUCACGGCGAGGGUCUCAAAUUGUUUUGCCAGUCUGAUGAAGAGGUUCUCUGCUGUGUUUGUCAAACGUCCAAGAAACACCAAGGUCAUAGUGUGUGUCCUUUGGAAGAAGCAGCAAACGAUCUCAAGGAGGAAAUGCGGCAGAUUGUCAUCCCACUCAAGAAAAGUCUUCGAUGCCUCUAUGAGGCCAAACAGGAAUGUGAUGACAUAACUGUCCACAUCAAGAACCAAAGGCAACAGACAGAGAAACAAAUUCGCGAGGAGUUCGAAGAGCUUCGGCAAUUUCUUCAGAAGGAGGAAGCUGCGAGGAUUGCUGUUCUGGCAAAAGAAGAAGAGACAAAGAAACAGACCAUAAAGAACAAAACUGACAUAAUCGCUCGUGAUAUAGUAACAUUCUCUCAGGCCGUCGUGGCUAUUGAAAACGAGAUUGCUAAUAAUGACAGUCUCUUUUUACAGAACUACAAGAAUGCCAAAAGAAGAGCUCAGAUUACAUUUUGCGAACCAGAAAGCAUCCCUGAUUCUCUAAUCGACGUUGCGGAGCACAUCACAUCCCUGAAGUUCAGAGUGUGGGAAAAAAUGCAAAGCUUGGUGGAAUACACUCCAGUGACGUUGGACCCCAACACAGCCUACCCCUGCUUGUCUCUCAACAAGAACCUGACAAGUGUGUCCAACACAGGAACGAUGAAAAAGCUGCCGAAUAACCCUGAGCGUUUUGACCACUUUGUUUUUGUAAUGGGCUCAAAAGGUUUCGCCUCAGGAUGUCAUUCCUGGGAGGUGGACGUGGGCCAAAACAAUGACUGGGUAAUUGGUGUGGUCAAAGCAUCAGUAGCCAGGAAAGGCAAAAUCUCAGGCUGUCCCGAAGGAGGAUUCUGGACCAUCGCUCUCUCUGACGGCAAGUACACGGCCAUGACCACCCCAAACACGCCGCUCAACCUGAAAGGCCACCUGGAAAGAGUUCGGGUGAAGAUCGACUACAAUGCUGGAGAGGUCAGCUUCUUUGACUCAGUGGGUGUCACACCUAUCUACACAUUUAACGACCACUUCACUGAGACAAUGUUCCCUUUUUUUUGUCCGGGGGCAAAUAUAAAUGGGAACAAUCCGGGGCCGCUGAAGAUCUGCCCUGUGAGAGUGGCAGUAUGGAACAGUGCCUCCUGGUAAAAGCUAGGAUUAUAUUACCGCUUCAGUUAUGCCAGGGGUGGCGAACUCUGGUCCUGGAGAGCCUCAGCCCUGCAGAGUUCAGCUCCAACCAUAAUUAAAGCUCACCUGCCUGUAGAUUUCUAGUAAACCUUCAGACCUUGAUUAGCUUGUUCAGGUGCGUUUGAUUAGGGUUGAAGCAAAACUAUGCAGGGCUGCGGCUCUCCAGGACCGAAGUUCACCACCCCUGAGUUAUACAGUCAAAGAUUUGGAUACGUUUACCUUUUAAUCUACUAAACUACUAUUUUUCCAGAUUUUAGAAUUGAAUUAAUUAAUAAGAGCCUGACCCUGGACCACAAAACCAGUCAUAAGUUGCACAGGUAUAUUUGUAGCAAUAGCCAAAAAUACACUGUAUGGGUCAAAAUUAUGAAUUUUUCUUGAGGAUAUUAAGCAAAGGUCAUGUUUCAUGAAGAUAUUUUAUAAAUUUUCUACAGUAAAUAUAUAAAAACGUAAUUUUUGAUUAGUAAUAUGCAUUGCUAAGAAUUUUAUUUGGACAACUUUAAGGGCGAUUUUCUAAAUAUUUUGAUUUUUUUUUUUUUUUUUUUUUUUUUUUUUUUUUUU